UCCAACCUUGCGCAUGCGUACUUGUUAGUCUGUCAGACAGCAGCAGCCAGUAAACAUGGCUGGUGUUGGUUUCCGACGGUGGGCCCAAACCCUUUCUAAAGGAAAGGGUUCUGGCAUUGCAGCCCUUUUGUCGGGGUGUAGAGCAGCCUCGGGCGUGUCAAAGGAUACUGUUCUUGGUCCGUAUCCGAAGACCCCCGAGGAGAGAGCUGCUGCUGCAAAGAAAUAUAACCUGAGGGUUGAGGACUAUCAACCAUAUCCCGACAACGGCGAGGGUUAUGGAGAUUAUCCAAAGCUACCAGAAAGAUCUCAGCAUGAGAGAGACCCCUGGUACCAGUGGGACCACCCUGACCUGAGGAGGAACUGGGGAGAGCCAAUGCACUGGCAUUUUGACAUGUACAUCAGGAACCGUGUGGAUACAUCUCCCAGCCCUGUAUCCUGGUCCACAAUGUGCAAACAACUGUUUGGUUUCAUCGGUUUCAUGCUGUUCAUGUUCUAUGUUGGGGAGAAAUUCCCAGCAUACCAACCUGUUGCACCAAAACAGUAUCCCUAUAACGACCUGUACCUGGAGAAAGGGGGAGAUCCGGAAAAACAACCAGAGGAAGUCAAACAUUACGAAAUCUAAUGACUUAAAUCUGAUUCUACUUCUGUAUAUAUAGUUCUGUCAAGAAUAAAGAUGUUAAAAAUUA